UGGGAUAGAACGACAAUGGAACUCGGCUGUUUUCAUCCGUAGCGUUUAUUCUGCUUGAACAUCUCGAUGUACGACGGGUGAAAAAUGCAUCGGCCCGAUUGUUUCUACGUCGUUUUCAGGUACUUACCCAUGUAAAUAAAUCGCGUCGUACUUAUGGACAGAUAGAUGUUUGCAUCCAUGCAGAACAACCAAACGAAACGUUGAGUCUCCGCUUAUAUCAGCAUGUUGUUCAACCUCCUGCCUACCGUUCGAACCCAAACUGGUUUCGCCUUUUGUGCCCUUUUGGCGGUACUCUGUUUAGUGAUAAUCUCUUACAUCCCGAAUGGCGAACUCAUUGGGACUCAUCGACUUUCAAAACCCAGUCCAAACUUUGUACCCCAUCAAAUCACACACGAGGUGACCCUAGUUUCACCAAGGUACGAUUCCAUUCGAAUUGGCGACCUUCUCCAUUAUCACAUCCACUCCAAACUAACAGACACUGGCGGUGAGUUUUACCAAGCCACGUUAUCAUCACGGCACCACCCCAAAGCCAGUACCGCCGGUCAUUUCGUAGAUCACACCAACGGGACCUACAGUGCGUAUUUCUACGCUGGAUGGAGCGGCCAAGCAACUCUUUCAAUAGUACGAGUAUUUACCCGCGAAGCAGUUACGUUUUUAAAAGAUGUGAUGUGGAAUGCGGAAGAUAGAGUUGUAUGGCAGGGCUUCUUCUACGUUGAAGGCACCAACACCAGUACGAAGCAGUCAAAGACCGCUUUGUGUACACUACGUAGUCAUGGGAACUGGUCGGGAAUGUGUGUUUAUCCGCACCUAAAAGCUCUCGGUAGCACUGUGUUUCUAUGCGAGAAACUGCCGGGGAUUAACUGCAACUCUCUGUAUGCAACCAAGAGUGAUGGGGCUCUAAUAGAAAAGAAGAUGACCGAGCUGGCUAUUGGAAAAGAGAAGCUGUUUGACAAAAACCGAGAUUACCGACAUCAAAUUCAUGUGGAAAAUUCAACCAUUACUAUAUCGGGAACAUUCCGGGCCGCAGCUGGCAAGGCGAAGCUUCUUAGGUGUUUACCGGAUGAGAAGUUACCACCGAGCCAUGGUUACUGGAUUGAAGACCACUGGAUUUCUCUAAUCUGCAGUAUAACCGACUGGACGAGUCUAGGAAAGCUGUCGUCAUGCUUACGUAAUAAAAACCUUAUUCUUUUAGGAGAUUCAACGACACGCCAGUGGUUUGUAUUGAUUCAUAGACUUUUGCUAAGUCCCUUCAACCGGGGGAAAAACGAAAAGAACUUUACGUGGCGGCGGUAUCACAGGUCUUUAAACGCAACCAUUUUAUUCACGUCCCCACCUCAGCUGGUCGGUAGUCUCGUAGUCUUCACUGAUGAAGUCAAUUAUGAAGUAGAUGUUUUAGACGGAUUAAACGACUCAUAUUGCAACUACAUAAUUCUUAUCAGUCCCUGGGCGCACUACACGCAAUGGGUGAGGUCAAACUACGUACAGAGGACGCAACUCCUACGGAAAGCGCUAUUACGCAUGCGCAAAAAGUGCCCUGACGUAAAAAUCGUCUUGAAAGGUUCGCACGCUCGAGACCACGAGUCUUUCUCGUCAGUACUGUAUUCUAGCGAUUUCUUCCUCAAGGAAAUUGAUGAAAUUAACCGCGAUGCUUUCUCUGGAAUUGGGGUGUGGUACUUGCCGAUUUGGGCGAUGAACAUGGCGUACCCUACAGAGAACUCAAUCCAUAUGCCCCUGCCCGUAAUUCUAGAAGAACUAAGGAUGUUUUUCAGCUACGUGUGUGAUGAGAACUCUGAGCAAUAACCGGGAAUUUGUUUGCUAUGUUUAUAUAUUUUUUUGUGUUUAUGAUUUUAUACAUAGAAUACAAAUAUCAGCACAGUGGCUGUUCUACAGUGUCUUAACAAUAGGGACUUUUCGUUUUCGACGACGGAUGGUUCUGCGACGGUUGUUCAGCUAAA